ACGUAGUUGGCGACCAAAUGGCAAACACACCACCGUCUCCCCCUCUUUUCCGAGACCCCUGGGCAAAGCGGGAGGCCUGGCGGAAACACCCGAUCUUCGCGAAACGCGCUAUGUUCGCCCGCACGUUCCCCGGCUUGGGCAUCGCUACAGUGGCCUUUGCUACCUAUGUUCUCGUGGAUAACCUCUACCUGAAUGCAAAGCCCGAGUCUCAUUGAAGUCCGGCUUCCCCAGAGUCUAGUUGCAUGAUACGCUUUGACGCAUCAGAAUCAGAUGUGUCGCUUCCAUUUGCCACUGCACUUGAACCAUAUGCACCGCUGUUCAUGCAUUCUCGCCAGCGGAAUGCGAUGAAACACCCGGCGGGAAGCGAGUUUUCUCGUCUCAUAUAACUCCUUCUGUACGCAUUCAUGCUAUGUUACAUAGCCCAGUUCCCGAAGAAGCCAGGAAUACACAACUACAUUAGAUCUAUUGCCUCCCAAACCAGUAACGACCCUCAGGACCUCUGUUUGAGUAGUGCCGCCGAUUCUACUCGAUCGAGACCAUGACGAGAAGUGCCAACUGCCCUCAAACCCUCAAAUACCGUCUGUAGACCUCGUUCUGUGUUUCCUCGACGUAAGGA